AAGAUCACUGUCAACAACAGGGCUUGUUUUUUCGAGUGAAGUGCACUAAGGAUUUCGGGGUAUUACAAGUCUUCGCCCCCCCUAUUUACCUCUGAUUUCAGGAGAAAAGUGUUUACCCACUUCGAAGGGCGUUAAAUGAGUCCGAGACGGAAGAUAAGAGGUGGUGAUAAAGAUAGUCAGUUCUUCCCUCAAAGAAGUUGUGGUGCACCGGUGGUGGUUUCUGCCCAUUUGCAUUGUCUUUCGCAACUUUCGUGGGAAUGAUCUUGAGGUUGAACAAAAGAUCCACUUAGUGAAUCUCGUGGAAAGUGAUUGAGUAGUCAUGAGGAUCCCAUCUCCUCCCUAACCUCUCAAUCUACUUGGCCUCUCUCUCUCUCUCUCUCUCUCUCCCCUACCUACUCCUCGCCUAGUGUGGCCUGGCCUUGUGUCUGGCCUUUUUUUAGCUCGACAUCAUGGCUACGAAGAGAGGACCGCUUCUGGGCGGUGUUGUGACCCAUUUACUAGUGUGCGUCUUUUUGCUCGGUGUCCAGCACACCUCGGGUGACCCCGGACCAACAUCGAACAGUCAGGGUGGUCUAUACCCUCCAUUCCCAGAAGGCCAAGCUCACGAUGGAACUCGUUUCAAAACCGCCUACAGCUGUGAGGGUGAGAACAUGACCAUCACAUGCAACGACCGGGGCUCGAACCCACGCGAGAUGAUCCAAGUGGUGCGUGGCAACUUUGGGCGUUUCACCAUAGCCUUGUGCAACCAACACGGUCAAACCGAUUGGAGCGUCAAUUGCAUGGCUCCUUCCACUACGAUCACCUUGAAACAACGGUGUGACGGGCGACGAGCAUGUACCAUACCAGUAUCUAGUUCCGUAUUGCCUGAUGCGUGUCCGGGCACUCACAAGUAUUUGGAGAUCCAUUACGCCUGCUCCACGUCCAAAGCGCCCGUCGUCGUCAAUUCCAAUGAACAUCGACCUCCAUGGCUUCAGAAGGGCAGAAACACACCCGAUCACAGGAAGACCUGGAAGCCCACUCUGGUGGGUGGUGGAAGAUCCAGUGUCCUCGGAGGACGUCCAUCCCAACCACAAACUGACAACGAUCGAGUGGUGAUACCAGUCACCACCCAAGCCCCGAGAAAGCCGAUACUUGUGACUGACAAGGAAGAUGAGACUCCCCGAGUGCCCAUCACGACGCCAAUACCCUCCACAUCUAGUUUGGGACCAGUUGGAGUGGUGAGGCCUCCCCAUCCCGACAGGGACCAUCUCCUGGAUCCCAUUAAGUCCCAGACUGAUAAAGUGGUGGACCUCCAGCCAAUGGAAGACAACCCCCAACCGCCGCAGUCCAACGAGAUGGCCAGUGUUGAUGGCUUUAAUCCUUCAUCGGGUUCCAGGGACGACAACUUUGCUGUUGUCCAACCCUCUUCGUCUUCCUCCAUAAAUAUGGCCAAACAGCAAGAAGGUGAUAACAGCCUUUUUGUGGGUCCCUCGUCGACAUCUGGUUCUUCUAAUCCUUCAUUCUGGUGUGCCCCCACUACUGCCCGAAAACUUCAAUGGGACUGGACCCAAGCCGGGAAAGAAAUUGUUCAACCAUGUCCGAUAGGGGCCACUGGUCAUGCCCGAUGGAGCUGUCUCCUGGUUGAGAUUCACGGCAGAAACGAGACCCCAGAGAUGACUUCCACAUGGGCACCACCCCAGCCAGACAUGAGCAACUGCAAGUCCAUGGCGAUGACCAAACUUGAGGCUCAAGUCCGUAAAGAAGACCCUGAAAAUCUGCUUGUAUCUGCCCUGGCCUACCUGACCCGGACCAAGUCCUUGUAUGGGGGAGACUUGGAAACAGCCGUGGCCACGAUGAGAACUGUGGCCAAUCGGAUCCAAUACCGCUUACAGCAACCUGUCAAAAACGGUGGCCUUCCCAAUAAGGAGUCGCAUAUCCGACAGGUUUUGGAAAAUGUCUUCCGAUCAGCAAAUAACGUGUUGGAUCCAAUCAACCGUGAGGCGUGGUUCGACCUCAACCCCGACGGCCAGAUGAAGGUGGCUAGUCAGCUUACACUCUCUCUGAAUGAGAACGCCUUUCUUCUGGCCAAGGUGAUGAAUGAUCCCAAUUCCGUUGUGGAGUCUUCAGAUAUUUUAACAAUGGCCGUUUCCGUGGUAGAUGUCACAAACAGGGGCCAAUUCACCGAGGAAAGGAACCGUCGGAAAAGCCUCACUUUUCCGGCUCGGACUUCCAAUCUGCUCUACGUAGACGACUCGGUCCAGAUCUCGUUUGGAGAUGUUCAAAAUCAUGCUCAGGGUGGAUUAAGUGAAGUGGUGUUCUUCUCCUUCAACAAUCUUCACGAGAUCUUGGGUCAUGCCAAAAUGGAAGUGGAGGACCACAAGGCCCACCGUGACCGAGUCCUUAAUUCGAGGAUCAUCUCGGCCUCGCUCUCUCAGCCUGGCCAAGGCAUACAAUUGGCUGAGCCGGUGAAAAUCACAUUCCGGCACUUGAGUGAAAAUAUGACUGAUGCGGUGUGCGUUUAUUGGGAUCUUGACGAGCACUCCUGGUCCAGUCAGGGUUGCCGCGUGAAGUCGAGCAAUAAAACCCAAACCGUGUGCGAGUGUGACCAUCUGACCAACUUUGCAGUGAGCAUGAGGCCACUCAUCCCGGGAGACGAGUCGGAAGUGCUAUUGGAAUCCAUUUUGAACCGAAUUGAUAUUAUCGGCUCCGUCGUCGCUGCCAUCUUCGUGUUUUGCUUGGUCCUGAUUCUCUUGGUGUGUCGCCACAAGAUGUGUGGCUCGUCAUCCACUGGUUUUUGUUGCUGCUGCUGUGGCUUGCUGCCCAUGUCAUCCGCGUCAUUUUGUAGCAAGGACCCCUCUGCCAAUCACAAGGGGCAAAGUUAUUACCAUCCUGGUCCUGGAGGUCAUCACAGUGGAUCGAACUUGGAGGCCUCAAGCAAGAGCUCCAGAUCGCUCCUACUUAACAAUUCUUCAAGGAUGUCCUCACAAUACGCCGGUGGAACCAAAACAUUGCAGCAUGGCGUCGUGGGCACGGUCCGGGUUACCCCCAAUGGAACGGCCACCACUCUGCUGCCUCAGCCUCACCAUUUGAACAAACCUCGGCCGCACAUUACACUGAAUCCGUACAGCACUCAGUUGGUGGACAGUAUCAAUAUGAUGAUGCCCUCGGGCUCCACGGGCAGUUCCAGUUUGGACAGUGGCGUCAUGAGUCCUCAGUUCAUGACGCAGAACCUUUCCCGGGGUGGAGUGUCCUCGCAAGAUGAAUUGGUCUACCGGGCGGUUUCGCCCCAUGGGCACGUGUAUUGGGAGAUCGAUCCGAGUAAUCCCCUGCUCAUGCAUCACCAACAGCAGGCUUCUCAGCUUUACGAAGAAGCCAUUCCUCACCCACCGCAAUCUGACUUGAGUGAUCAGAGCCUGGAAGACCGGCUAAGUUACUCUCGACAAUCCUCGAGCCGCUUCAGUGAGCAACGGCCUCUUAUCUCCUCACCUCUGCAACAGCCUCUCCUGGCCUCCGUCAGUCGGGCGGGUAGUCAGGGAGGAAGCACCACGUUGAGACCAUCGGCCUCCAAUGAGCAAUUUGUGGGACGGAUAUCUGGACCGAGCAGUCAAGGGAUCUCAAGUACGUUUGUGCGCACCGGGGCCCACCGAUUCAAUAGCCGAAAUCGGACCAAAUCCAACAAGGAUGAGACCGCUAGCAAUGUGCCGGAACAGCUCCAGACCCAAGUCCAAAUUAAGGAUUGCAAACCCAUCCAAGUGUCAGUGAAGAGCAGCGAGUAUAUCGAGGCCAAAAUCCGAACGCUGCGAAGAAAUAACAAUAACAACAAUAAUAGUAACCAUUUUGGGGGUCCUGGACAGAACAUUGCCUGAUAUUAGAUAGUGCUGCUGGCAAUUUCAAGGUGCCGGCCAAAAGUGAUAUCUCUCUGGUUGGAUGAUAUUUUACUGGAUUUUUACACCCGUUUGUGAACAGAUUUGAAGUGUUUACCCAAGCAGAUUAAUUCGUUCCUUGAAAAUCGCGUAAGAUCUCACCCUCCGGAUCCGUCGGCCAGAAUCACCUCAUUGCUCUGGACGUUAUUAAAAGUAUGUUUUUGUAUCAGAUUUAGAAUGGCUGUGAAUUUUAAUGUCAUGAAUUUUUAGAACUUUGUCAUAUCACCGUGCACUAAUAAAAUAAUGAAACUUUUAAAAGGAA